GUCCUCCUGGCACCGACUGGCGGGCGCGUUCGGGAUGGCGGAGCUCCUGGCCGGGGCGGGGCUUCGAGGUCCGGACUCCGGUGGGGCUGGGGGUCCGGGGGGCUCCCGGGCUGCUGCUGGCGAACGCCGACCUCCUCCCGCGGCGACCCCCGAGCUCUGCCCUCCCCCUCUCCGGCUCCUUCCGCGUCGGGCCGGAGCCCCAGCGCCACGCACCGUCGCCGAGAAACUUCUCCGAGGCUUGUUUCGUGUUCUUGGAUUUGCGACCGUCCCCACACUUUUCCGUCAUGCGCUUCCAGGCUGGAGAGGUGGCGCGCUUUGGAAACCCCGGGUCGCCAUCUCUGCCAGCGAGCGCGCGUGGUGCCCCGGGACCCCAGGAGUCACGGCCUCGCCGCAUGUUCUCAGCUUGCACAGGAGGAAACGCCGCUCCACACCUUUGACUCCUUCCAUGUUGCCCCCACAAGAGACAGAGAAAAGCUCCUAUUUGCAAACCACAGAGAUCUCACUGUGGACCGUGGUGGCCGCCCUUCAGGCCGUGGAGAAGAAGGUGGAUGCCCAGGCCGCCCGGAUACAGAGCCUGGAGGGGCGGACGGGCACCGCCGAGAAGAAGCUGGCGGACUGCGAGAAGACGGCCGUGGAGUUCGGGAACCAGCUGGAGGGCAAGUGGGCCGUGCUGGGGACCCUGCUGCAGGAGUACGGGCUGCUGCAGAGGCGGCUGGAGAACAUGGAGAACCUGCUGAGAAACCGAAACUUCUGGGUGCUGAGGCUGCCUCCGGACAGCAAGGGGGAGGCCCCCAAGGUGCCCAGGUCACUUGAAAACGAUGGAGGGUGCUUUUCGGAGCAGGAGUGGGAGAAUCUGGAGGACUGGCAGAAGGAGCUUUACAGAAAUGUGAUGAAGAGCAACUACGAGGCCCUGGUCUCUCUGAAGGUUCUUGGCCCGCCAGAAGAGGAAGCGGAGUUGGGUACAGGGAUGCUGGGUGACUUGGAGGAGGAAGGCCCUGGUGAUGUCCACCCAGCAGAAGGGGUUAUGAUCAAGCAGGAGAUACAGUAUACUCAGGAAGGCUCUGCGGAUCUUCCUGGAGAAUUCUCAGGCAUUGCAGAAGAGCACGCUUUCCUGAGCCCAGAACAUACUGAACUCUGGGGUGGUCAGGGUAGUUCUGUCUUCUUGGAUCCAGGCCCUGGAGACACUAAUCUGGAGGAUCCCAUCGAGGGCAGUAGAGACUCUGGCAGUGGCGGCACUCUGGGCUGCCCCCCAAAGCAGGAGCCUAGAAGGCAGGUACAGCUGGAACAGCAGUGUGGCCAGGGCGUAAAGCUGAAAAGGGAUGCUUCUGGCCCUUAUGAAUGCUCCGAGUGCGAGGUCAGCUUCCGCUAUAAGCAGCAGCUAGCCGCGCAUCUGCACACCCACUCGGAGUCGGGCAUGGCCUCGGAGCCAGAGGAGAGCCUUAGACCCAGGCCACGACUUAAGCCCCAGUCCAAGAGGGCAAAGCUGCAUCAGUGUGACGUGUGCAUGCGGAGCUUCAGCUGCAGGGUGAGCCUGGUAAUCCACCAGCGCUGCCACCUGCAGGACGGGCCCAGUGCUGGCCACUCUGUCCAGGAGAGGUUCUCGCCCAACAGCCUGGUCGCCCUGCCCGGCCACAUCCCUUGGAGGAAAAGCCGGAGUUCCCUCCUCUGUGGUUACUGUGGCAAGAGCUUCAGCCACCCAUCUGAUCUGGUGCGGCACCAGCGCAUCCACACGGGCGAGCGGCCCUACAGCUGCUCAGAGUGUGAGAAGAGCUUUGUCCAGAAGCAGCACCUUCUGCAGCACCAGAAGAUCCACCAGCGGGAGCGGGGCGGGCUGACCCUGCAGCCGGGAAGGCCCAACGGCCUGCUUUAAGGGUGCCGGCCCCUCGUCUGUCUGGGGGGCGAAGGGGCUGGCAUCGGUCCCCCUGAAGAGACACUGUGCAGAGUCAGGGACUGACUUCUUCCUGAGGGGAGUCGCGUUGAUUUGCCUUCCCUUGGCCAAGCACCAGGCCGAGCCCAGACACUGUGCUGAAAACUGUGGAGGAGGAGGAGUCGGGGGCCGCGCCUCUCCCUGCCGUCUCUACCCUGCUGUGGAGCUUGCUGUCUCGGGCACCUUCACGUCUCUGGUUUUCUCAUCCGGGCUGAUACUCGUGGGCUGGGGUUGGCCCUCUGACCCUGCAGGGACCGGUGGCUGCUUCUAGGGCCUGUCCCAGCAUCUCAGGUCUUCCCGGGAGGUUGGGUCAGGUCAGUGGAGCGAGCAGGUGGGCGAAAGUGUUCUGGGAAGCAUAUAACCCUCUCUUUCCUCUUCUUUUGUAGUCUCUUUGUUAAUAACAAGUAGAGGACAUAAUUUAAAUGACUGCUUACCCUGUUCUGAAGAAACUUUUUUGGAAUUAGAUUUUAGUUGAUUUAAAAAAAAUACAGUCUGACCUUGUUUUCUAAA